AUGACCCAAGUCGACAUCAGCACUGUCAUGUACCCAGAGGACAACACGCUGAAUGAGGACGCUGUCCGCGCCUACGCCCAGCAGUAUGUCGGGUCGUACCUGAACACCAUUUGGGACGAACCCCUGGGUGAAAAGUAUGGCUGGAACGCAACCGAGUGGCGCGCUGUAGUGACUCGCAUCCAGGAGAUCUCAAUGGAGGAGAACGGAGGCCACCCGAUCAUCUACGGCCUCGACUCGGUUCACGGCGCCAACUACGUCGACGGAGCUGUCAUUUCCCCCCAGCAGAUCAACAGCGGAGCAAGUUUCAACCCCGACCUCGUCUACGAAACGGGACGGAUCACGGCGCGUGACACCCAAGCGGCUGGAGUCCCGUGGGUCUUUGGCCCCAUUCUGGAGAUCUCCCAGAACCCCCUCUGGUCUCGCACGUACGAGACCUUCGGCGAGGACCCAUACCUGGCGGCCGUGAUGGGAGACGCCAUUGUCCGCGGUCUCCAGAGCUACAACCAAACGGCUGCCUGCAUGAAGCACUUCAUCGGAUACUCCAAAACCCCAACCGGUCACGACCGCGACAACGUCAUCAUGGCGGACUUCGACCUGCUGAAUUACUUCCUGCCGCCGUUCAAGGCUGCCAUUGAGGCUGGCGCCAUGUCGACGAUGGAGAACUACAUCUCGAUCAACGGCGACCCCGUGAUCGCGAGCCCUCGCAUUCUGAAUGACCUGCUCCGCUCGGACCUUGGCUUCGAUGGUCUCCUGGUUUCGGACUGGGCUGAGAUCAACAACCUCAAGGACUGGCACCGCGUCGUAAACAGCUACGAGGACGCCGUCCGCUUGUCACUCACGCACACCUCGCUCGACAUCAGCAUGGUACCGAACGAUACAACCUUCAUCAACUACACCGAGAACAUGCUGGAGGGCUACCCGCAAUACGAGAGCCGCUUGCGUGAGUCAGCUAAGCGCAUCAUCAAGACGAAGCUGAAGCUGGGUCUGUACGACACGCCAGUCCCUGGUGCGGAGUUUGAAUUCCAAGUGGGUAACGACGAAGAUAAGGCGGUGGCACUGGACCUGGCACGCGAGUCGAUCGUGCUGCUAAAGAACAACGAGAGUGUAUUGCCGCUGGCUAAGGAGGCGUCGGUGUUUCUCACUGGCCACUCGGCUGACAACGUUGGCCACCAGUGCGGUGGAUGGAGCAUUGCGUGGCAAGGAUACUCGGGCAACGAGAUGUUCCCGAACGGUGUCUCGGUCCGCCAGGGCUUUGAGAUCCUGGUCGGCAACGGCUCGUUCACGUUCUUCAAUGGUCUUUACGACAACGGGUCAUACUCCGAAGCUGAUCUCGCGAAGGCUGUGGAGCUGGCUGGCCAGCACGAGUACACCAUCGCUGUCAUCGGCGAGAAGCAGUACACUGAGAAGCCCGGAGACAUUGACGAUCUGGCACUGCCUGCAGGACAAAUUGAGUACGUGGAGGCUCUCGCAGCCACGGGCACGAAGGUCAUUGUUGUCUUGUUCGAGGGUCGCCCUCGUCUCCUUGGCUCUCUUCCGGACACUGCUAGCGCCAUUAUUGACGGUUUGCUGCCGUGUGAGCUGGGCGGCCAAGCGAUGGCCGAGAUCAUCUAUGGUGAGGUGAACCCGAGUGGAAGGCUCCCGAUCACGUACCCGAAGGACCCAGCAAACAUUGCCAUCCCGUACUACCACCGCGUGAACACGCAGUGCGCCUACGACCACUGCUGGAUGCAAUGGGACUUCGGUGCCGGACUUAGCUACACCGAGUUCAACUACUCGGCAGUGACUUUGGAUACGACCAAGAUCACCAGCGCAGACGCGACUGUCACUGCUAAGGUGACUGUAACGAACGUUGGCACUCGUGCUGGCAAGGAGACGGUCAUGCUGUUCCUUACGCAGCCGUACCGAACGAUCUCGGUCCCCGAAGUUAAGAUGCUGAAGAAGUUCAAGAAGAUUGAGCUGCAGGCGGGCGAGUCCCAGGAGGUCUCGUUUGCACUGUCUGUGGACGACUGGAGCGUGUACGACCCGCAGAUCGGCAAGGGCUUCAAGAAGGUGACGGAGGACAGUACCUACGUUGUGGCUAUCAAGCCCGACACCUGGUGCAACGUGUACAAGAAGAUCACUAACCCGCUGUGUGCCGUGUUCUCGAUCGACACUGGACGCGACAACUUCGGCCUCCCCCCUCCGGUCGUGAAUGUUACUACGAUCGCCCCUCCUGUUGACACCGCGGGCGUUAGCACCUCGGAACCGCCUGCUGCUGAUGUUGGCACUGGAACCGUGGAGGCGGCAACCUACUAA